GCGGACUGGACGAGAAAGAGAAAAAAAUGGCGUCCAUAAUGUUUUUAUGACGAAGAUUUUUUAGUUAUGUCUUGUUUAUCUUUUAUUUUAAUCAAUGAGUCGUUCAACUUCUCACAACAUAUGUGGCCUUAGUGAUGAGAUCCUUGUUCGUAUUUUUAGUUUUUUAACUGCGAACGAUUUGUGUCGUUGUUCAAGAGUGUGCGUGUCAUGGUGUCGUCUGUCGAAUGACUUUCAUCUUUGGAGAGAUCUUUUUAUCAAGAAAUUCGGAAAAUUUAUCAUUGAUCAAUCAUUUUACAACAGACUCACUCCAACUCAGUGGAAAGAACAGUAUAUCAUUCGAGCGAAUUGGUUCAGUGGACACUGUCAUGUACAGAAACUCCAUCAAAACGAACACAAAACUUUGCCUCAUCAAUCAGCGAAGAUAACAUGUUUACGAAUAUCCAAGUGCAGUCAGAACUUGUUGGCGAGUGCAAAGGAGAAUUCUAGGCUUGUUCAUGUGUGGGAUUUAGUGGAAAAGCGCUGUAAACAUGUCAUACACUGUGAUGGAGUGGUGUGUGCAGUUGACUUUGGUUCACUCACCUCAAGGAACCUGCUUGCUGUUGGUCUGAGUUGCAAUAAGUUCAGUAUCUGGGAUGUAAAACAAGAGCUGUUCCGUCUGCAUCAGACCAACAUUACCGAGAGUGCAGCCAUAGUUAACCCCGCCCUGAGAAUGGCAAGCAGUAUACGUCCCCUUCAUGAGUCAGCCGUUGUUCAACUCAACUUGGUCGAUGACAAGCUGGCAACUGUCACUCAAGACUGUGUUGUCAGGGUGUGGCUUCUAGAUCUGAGUCACACGGAGGUGUCCUGUCUUCACACGCUGACAACAUUAAAACCAAGGUGUUCUGUAUUGGAUGUUCAGCUACAACAAAAACACCAUAGUAACACCUGGUCAGUCUCCAUAUCCCAUGCUGCUGAGGUCAUGGAAAACUGGAACCUUAUCGGUUUCCAGUCUGUCAAGUUUGAUGGACGGAGCUUAUCAGGAGAUGAUGUUGAUAAUUCAGUCAUGAGUAUGUCAUACUCUUUUGCACUGGAUCGUCAAGAAGCUGAGAAAUAUAUUUUAGAAAAACCUGAUGAACCCAUGACAUGUAGGACCACCAUUUCCUGCCUGUCAAUCAGUCCAUGUACAAGGCUGGUUGCAUCUGGACAGACAGACAACACUAUCUGUCUUUGGGACACCCACACACGCAGGAAGCAGCACAACCUGUUUGGACAUACAGGUUCUGUGACGUGUACAGCAGUUGACUCACACAAGGUUGUCAGUGGAUCUAAUGACAGGACGGUCAAGGUUUGGUCACUGGACAGCGGUCACUGCCAACUUACCUUACCCGAAGACCAUUCGUCCGGAGUUUCGUGUGUCACUUUUAGUGACCAGUGGGUGGUCAGCGGUGACAGCUUGGGUGAAAUCAAGGUGUGGGACUUUGCUGUAAGCAGUCUUUCCGUCCUCAGGGAGGCGCCUAGAGCUGCGUCAGCCAGAUGAAAAAAAAAAAAGAGACUCGCUUUUAGGGACAUAACCUUUCAACCAGAUAACAAUCUUUGAAGUUUCCAUCAUGUGUACAUACCGGUUUUUUCUUCGUUUUACAAUCGUAUAAUGUUUCUUUUCUUCUUUAAUGGCGCCACUCGUGAACGUUACAUUCUAUGCGGAAUAUGGUACAUGAUAAAGUACAUACCAUCCACAUGAUCAGUGCUUUAUGAUGUCCGAUAAACUUGGGCCCACACCUUUCUUAUGCAGGCUUCCUCCUUCAGUAGUUAUCCUCUAGCUCACAACGAUACAAAAUUUGAGUUAUGUUACCGCAAAGCACUAUAGAAAAGUCUUUUUUUUUGUAAAAGUGAAGUUAAUUUGGCCAAUGGGGCCUUUUUUGCGGUUUUUUGCGACAAUGAAAUCAGUCAAAACAAGGAAAAUAGUAAUAUGCUUUAAAAAAAAAGCUACAGAAAAAAGUGAUACUGUGCUUAUGCGAAAACCAGCAAAACCACGCUCGCGCUUAAUUGAUUUCCGCAAAAAACACCAAUAUUUGUUCCAAAUUCCGGAAAAUAUAAUUAAAACAUACGACUAUUCAUUUAAUGUAAUUAAUAUAUGGUUCUGACAUC